UUCGCUGAGGUCAUUAUUAUGAAACUAAAACAUGGCGGACGAGGGACCUCAUACAAUAAAGGUCGUUGUAAAAACAACAAAUAAGAAGGAGACGAUCGAGAUCGAAGAGAAUGCCAAGAUCGGCGAGUUCAAAGAAAAGAUUUCACCCAAGUUUAAUGACACGCCAGUGGCGCAGUUGUGCCUGAUAUUUGCUGGGAAAAUCUUGAAGGAUGAGGACAAUCUAGAACAACACGGAAUUAAAGAUGGACUGACAGUGCACUUAGUGAUAAAGUCGGCAAAUAAAGCCCAACAACAGGCGGCCGAACAUGCCACUAGACAGCCAACAUCAACAGGAACGUCCACACAGCCAACCAGCGAUGCCCCAAGGACAUCCACCACCACAACAACAACACCACAACCUCUGUUUGGUGGGCUCCCUACUGGCAUGGGAAUGGGUGAUAUGCAGCAAGUACAGCAACAGUUGAUGAAUAAUCCUGAAAUGAUGCAACAAAUGUUUGAGAAUCCGUUGGUUCAGAGUAUGAUGUCAAAUCCAGAACUUAUUCAACAGAUGAUUAUGAGUAAUCCACAAAUGCAACAAUUGGUUGAGAGGAGCCCUGAAAUUUCUCACAUAUUAAACAAUCCAGAUUUAAUGCGACAGACUUUAGAAAUGGCCCGCAAUCCUGCGGUUAUGCAAGAAAUGAUGCGGAACCAGGACAGAGCUUUGAGUAAUCUGGAGAGUCUUCCUGGUGGUUUUAAUGCUCUUAGAAGAAUGUACACAGAUAUUCAGGAGCCGAUGAUGAAUGCAGCCACAGAGCAAUUUCAAAAUGCCCAAAACAACCCAUUCGCCGCCCUGCUGGGAGGAACACCUCCGAACUCAUCAGCAAACGAUAGUGCUCAACAACAAGGCAACAAUGACCCCCAGGUUGGCACGGAGAACACGUCACCAUUGCCAAAUCCAUGGCAACCGCCUUCUGGUGGUGGCCAGGCCCCUACACGAUCGUUCACACCCACGGCUACCACAACAUCUGCUGGUUCCACGACCCCGGGUUCCACAACGACCACCAGCGCUGGCGCGUCUCCUUUUUCAUCCAUGUUUCAAACACCCGGCAUGCAAAGCGUGAUGGAUCAGAUGACGCAGAAUCCAGAACUAAUGCAGAACAUGAUGUCAUCUCCGUACGUCCAGAGUAUGAUGGGCCAGAUGGCCGAGAACCCUGAGAUAAUGAACUCCAUUCUCAGCAGCCAUCCAUUAUUUGCCGGAAACCCACAACUGCAACAACAGAUGGCAUCUCAGAUGCCAAUGAUGAUGCAACAGAUGCGGGAUCCCAGGUUUCAGCAGAUGUUAAGCAACCCGCGAGCCAUGCAAGCAAUGAUGCAGGUUCAACAAGGAAUGCAAAGCUUGCAGUCUGAAGUCCCUGGACUGUUUCCAGGGGUGGGCUCCACUCCCCCGACCACCACAGGGGCAUCGUCCACCACCGCCACCCCCUCUUCUACACCCACCACCACGACGAGCAGCAGCACUGGGAGUACCAACACCACACCAGCCGCAGGCGAUCCGAUGAUGAGUGCUUUGAUGAAUCAGUUCUUUUCUGCCUCCAUGAGCCAAACAGCGGCCCCUGAAACAAGAUUUCGUCAGCAACUUGAACAACUCACCGCCAUGGGUUUCUCUGAUCGUGAACGAAAUUUGCAAGCGUUGAUCGCAACAGGCGGUGACGUCAACGCCGCUGUGGAGCGACUACUGAGCGGUUAAAUAUCUGGAUUAUUACUAAACGAUGUAUGAGCACUAACUAAUAAGAAGGAAUUAACAAUGAGGAUGACAAUCUAUUCUUGUUUUGAAUUUUGGAACACGUUUGCUAUGUUCGGCUGGGCCAAAUUGCUUUGGCUUAAAUUUGAAUAGGUUUGAAGUCUGUGCGAACUUCAGCAAAAGACAGCACUUUUUGGACCAUCAUUAGAAAAGCGAUUGGAGAGAGAAGAAAAUAGACAGAAAGCAAUAAAUAGAUGUUUUGAAUCCUAAGGUUAAAAAAACCCGCGUGCACUGUUACAAAUUUGUCCUAUACCUUUCUCCACCAAUUGUUUUUUUGAUGGUGCGUUCUCAGAUGAUGGUGUAAGGUAUUAAACGUGAAAGGUUUUUGUGUUGGUUGUGAAUAUGAACCGAUUUAAAACUGCAUUUCAAUAAUUAUAACUUCUUAACUUCUACUGUAAGACCUUCUUUAGUGUAAGUGCUGUCGAAAUAUGUGAAAUUAUAUAUUUAUAAAAUUCACGAUGUUUAUAUUGGCGUACUAUUAUAACGUACAAGCGCGGAUGGCGUGCCAAACCUGAUUAGUUCUUUGGGAACUUGUAAGCUAUGCAAUUGUAAACAGAAUGCGCGUUUUGUUGUCGGAGGCAUUUCUUAAAUCCGCAGGAUUUUUUGCAGGAAUUAGUGUCCGUCUGAAUGCAGAGGUACUGGGUGAUUCAUAGGCGGGAAAGUGUUGAAAAAAUCUCACAAACGAUAGACUUACAAAUGUAUAUCUAUUUAGUUUAUAUCAUACAAGCUA